GUGUGUUUUCUGCACGACAUGCUUAUAGAACAGCAAAUAGAAGCACGAGCGAUUGUGUACAAGGUACGAACCAUAUUCCAGCCAUCAGUAUUACAUAAAGUUGUUGGGUUUGGUUAGGUUGCUGUCAUGUUUCUUUGGUGGCUGGGACUCGCUAUUUUAUUUAGGUAUGGAUUGGCACAGCAAGUGUGCAAAAGUAGUGACACCGAUGCAUGUAAAUGCGAUCUCGUCGACGGUAGAGGUGUCGUGGAUAUUUCCAUCGGGAAGCAAGAUAAAACACCGUUAUUUGACAAAGUAAUGGAUCCUGGUGGCUACUACAUGUACGCCUACAAUCCUUGCUAUGAUUUCACAUCACAAAAUGGAUCCAUCUCCGGACUAGCGACACUUCAAUAUAACGAUGAAAGUAAACAAUUUUAUGACAUUGGACAACAAAGCGGCACAGAUUUAAAAAGUGUUCGAGUUGGAAAUCAAGUGCACUGGCCUGCUUCUACUGGAAGUUUAUAUCUCCGUCCUCCAGGAAAAACUGUCCUUAAAGCACCCGUCCAAAAGGCAUAA